UGUUUUCCGAACAAAUACAAUUCUCUCUCCUCCUCGCUUACCGAUCAGUCUCGCGUCUCAACCGCAACCACCGCAAGCUUCAUCUGAGGCUUCGCCGGAGCCACCGCGGAGAGGCCUCUUCGUCGGCCGUGAUAUAUUCUUAACGACAGUCGAAUUUCGCGUUACUCUGCUGCUUUUACUGACAAAACAGGAGAUGGUUAAAAGGCAUGGGGAGUUUUGAUUCACUAGAGAUAUCAUGUCUCAGUGCGUAGACGGUUUCAAACAUUUGUGCACCUCCUUUUUGCGAUGUUUCGAUAUCGAUUUAUACAAGCAAUCAGGAGGCCUUGGAGACCCCGAACUGCUUGCAAGAGAGACAGUUUUUAGUGUGAGUGAAAUAGAAGCUCUUUAUGAGCUCUUCAAGAAAAUCAGCAGCGCCGUGAUUGAUGAUGGCCUGAUAAACAAGGAAGAGUUUCAGUUGGCCUUAUUCAAGACGAAUAAAAAAGAGAGCUUGUUUGCCGAUCGGGUAUUUGACUUGUUCGACACGAAGCACAAUGGAAUACUGGGGUUUGAGGAGUUUGCACGCGCGCUCUCUGUCUUUCAUCCAAAUGCGCCUAUAGACGAUAAGAUCGACUUUUCGUUUCAGCUGUAUGAUCUGAAGCAGCAAGGCUUCAUAGAGAGGCAGGAGGUGAAGCAGAUGGUGGUGGCUACACUUGCCGAGUCUGGGAUGAACCUGUCUGAUGAAGUCAUCGAGAGUAUAAUCGACAAGACGUUCGAAGAAGCGGACACGAAACACGACGGGAAGAUAGACAAGGAGGAGUGGAGAAACCUUGUGAUCAGGCAUCCAUCCCUUCUGAAGAACAUGACUCUUCAGUAUCUCAAGGAUAUCACGACCACUUUCCCGAGCUUUGUGUUCCAUUCCCAGGUUGAGGACACCUGAUGCAUCUGAGAGGUUUGUUUUGUGUUGUCUUAUUUUCGUUUGGGGAAAAAAAACAAGCUCUUUCUCAAGAUUUUUGUUGUCUCUCUCUGCACAUUUGUUUGUUGUUUUAUUUUUAUUUUAUUCCCAUUUGCAUCUGUAGAUACAUUCCGAAUCUUUGCAAUGUCUACCAAAGCUUAUUAUUA